AGUUAUUUCCAAUUCCAAAUCUGUUGUUACAGUGCCUAAUGAAUGGAGCCAUCAUCCUCCUGGUCACCGGAAGUGGGAUGCCCAUCGGGUUCUCAGCCAUUCUCCUGCCGCAACUACAAGCCCCCAAUUCCGACAUUCCCACCGAUGACAACUGGGCGUCUUGGAUCGCUAGCGUCCAUUCCAUCAUGUCCCCUUUGGGUUCACUGCUCGCCGGUCCACUCAUGGACAGACUGGGUCGCAGGUGUGUUCUGCAACUCUCGUCCUUGCCCAUGGUUGCCGGAUGGUUCCUCAUCGCGAUAGCUCCUGAUCUGUGGUGGAUCGCUGCUGGUAGAAUGUUGGCAGGAUUCGCUGUAGGGAUGGUCCCCGCCACAUCUCAGGUGCUGAUAGGAGAAGUUUCCGAACCAAGACUUAGAGGAGUGUUUGCAAGCUCUCCAAACCUUUCGUACGCUCUGGGCAUCCUCAUGGUGUACACUCUAGGUAGUAUAUGGCCGUGGCGAGUGGUCGCAGCCUUGUCCUCGGCCCUGCCUGCUGCCGGUCUGAUCCUGAUGGCUACUCUGCCAGAGAGCCCAGUGUGGCUCGUGAACUCUGGUCGCGUCGAUAAGGCCAGAAAGUCUCUGCUGUGGCUGCGUGGUGGAGAUCAAUGCAAGGUAAACCACGAACUGCACUUGCUGGUGGUGCACCUCAAGUCUCAGCAGGACCAAGAGUCUUGCCAGGAGCAGGACACGUGCCACGUCCUGCCUGAGGAAAUAACUGCCCUCAAACGUCCAGAAGUGUUCAAGCCGUUCCUCAUCAUCCUGAUCUUCUCCCUCCUGCAGAUCCUGUCUGGCCCUUACGUCGUCAUCUUCUACGGCGUCAAUCUGAUCUCCAGUGCUUCUGGAUGUAGGGACACUGACAUCCACAGUCUCACAGUCGCAGUGAUGACGGCCCUCGUCAGGUUCGUUGUGUCCAUCGUCACCACUGUCUGUCUACUCCGGUUAGGCAGGAGGAAGAUCGGUAUCGUGUCCGGGAUCGGAACCGCCCUCGCCUGUAUCCUCCUAGUCACUUUCCUCCAGAUGAAUGAUCAUGGGAAAAUUCAGAUCGACGGUGACUUAAAGAUAGCCAUAAUCGCCACUUUGAUAAUGAUCUACGUCGCCAUGAACACUUUCGGCCUCUUCAGCCUGCCUUGUAUGAUGAUCGGGGAGGUUCUACCUGCGCGAGUACGCGGUUUCGUGUCCGGAAUUUUCGUUACAAUUCUGAACGUAAUUAUCUUCUCCACGACAAAGUCCUAUCCUUUCAUCGCAUCUUUCCUUGGCCCCAGUGGAGUGUUCCUGGCCUUCGCAAUAGUCGCGCUCCUCGCGACUGUCUACAUCUACUUCUUCCUGCCGGAGACCAGAGACCGCCCCCUUACUCAGAUUGAGAACUACUUUGCUGUUGGCAAAAACUAUCUUUGGAUCAGAAGAGAUAAAUCCUUGAUUGCCAGAAAAAGUACCUUGCAUCACUGAGGAUCUUUUACGUCUUUUUUAAACCCACCGACAACAAUCGUAUGUUUUUAUUUGUACUGAAUAUCACCACGUAAAGCUGUUUGGGAGUAAGUCCUACAGAUCAAACUGAGGCCUUUCUCCUAUAACUAUCAUCACAAAUACAUAUUUUUGGAUCUGAAUUCUUCCAAAAAUAAUUCAGACUUGUAUUUUUUUAUACAACGGUCUUACACACCUAUUUACUACUCUGAAAAAUGGAGCUACUACUUCGAUAUGGAGCUUUAGUAAAAUUUUUUAAAUUUUUUUCGAUAAUUAUAUACACGUCUACACAUAUAAUCAAUGAAAUGGUUAAACACUGGAUUGUCACGGGAUAUUCCGUGACUCAAAACGCUGUAGGCCUAUUCUUACAGUGUAGUUUUGAGAUCUGUUAACUUAUUUAUAUUUUAUAAAUUUCUUUAUCUUUUUCAAACCAAGUUGUUUGCUUGUACAAUGUACAUUGUCACACGACUCCUGGACUAUAUUAUGUAAACAACCGAAGGAAUAAAACAAAAAACUCCUGGCAAUCAUAGUCAAUGCAACACAACACGCUCAAAAGGGUUAAGUGAUUUUACUAAUUAUAACUAGUCGAAAUAGGCCAAGGAUAAGUCAAUUUAAUAACUAACGUAAUAAUAUAUAAGGUUUUUGUCAUGAACAGAAGAAUAUAAAAACAAAAUGUUAUUUUUGCAAACUAUAAAACGUUUGAAGUAAUGUAAAUAGGUGUGAAUAAAUUUUAUAAUUUGCAAAGGUAGUUGUUGAAAACACUUUCAAUUGACACAUAAUUUAAACACUUUUAAAUAUCUCUUCUUCAUUUCCAUUUAGUGUAUUAUAUUGUACGAUAAUUGUAUAUAUUAUUUCAGUUUGUCCCACAGGCUUUUUUUAAACGUAGGCUAUAUCCAAAAUGCACAUUAUGCUUUUUGCUGUAACAGUUAAUUUUAUUCUUUUGAAUGAAUAAUUUAUAUAAUCAUGUUUUUAAAUCAGUGAUUGAAUUUGUACAAUAAAUUGAAUAAAAUAAACGAAAGAAGUCAAUUGUUACGAAAUGAAUGUCGAAAAUACAUAGUUAUUAAGCAUUUGGACAAACGUAAUUAUGAGCUUCAUUUUAGACCUUUAUUUUUUUAUAUAGAAACUGACAAAAUGUUUGACUAAGUUACUUUAUGAAAUUUUUCUACAGCUGUUUUAACGUAUUUUACUUAAGUCACCUGUACGGGUAAUUUAGUGCAUUAAAUCUUCUUAUUUAGGGUUUCUAUUUAGUUUAAUUGUGAUAUUUGCGUUUUAUUAAACUAUUUUAUUGUAUAUAGUUCACCGAGGUACUUAGAAAUGUAAUUUUAUUCUGUUUACUUUACAAUAAAUAUAAUAAAUAAUAUAGACUUCCUACAAAUUAUGGUACAUUGCAAAAUAAAAGAAAUGCUUAUUUCAUAAAACAGUGCUGCACAAAUCAUUGUUUACCACUUUAUACAAAGUUAAGAAAUUAUUAUCGUAGAAUAAAUCUACUAAGUUAUAUAUGAUAAGAAACUGUGAUAGUGUAUUAUAGUUCGUUACACUUAUUCCAAGAAUAAAUGUAGCCUACUUAUAGCUUAAUAUUUUAAUGUAGUACAUGAGUACACUGUAUAAAAGUAACGUAAUUUAAACUUUUUCUUUUUUA